AUGUCAGAAAAUCGUAUUGCCCCUUUUUUUUCCUCUGAAAAGACUAUGUCAUGUUCUAUUUUUAUUCUCUCAGUCGCGACUUCAGAUAAUUUAGAAGAAACACUUUAUAUUUAUGGAGGUUUAUAUUUCGCCUAUAGAUGUUUGAAUAUAGGAAAAACAAUGUGUUAUGAAGGAGAACUUCAGCCUAAUAAAUACUACAUUAAUCACGUCAAACUCUUAUCCAUUGGAGGGAUGGUCCAUUCGGUUAUUCAGCUAUAUUUGAAAUUGUAUUUGGAUUUUCAGCUAUGGUCCCAUUACAUCGUUCUCUGUGCAACCAUUGCAUGCUACACAGCGUUUUUCAUUCAUCAGACAUGGAAAAUAAUUGACUUUUGUGCUACAGAUCGGGGUAUCAUGUAUUUUUUUUCUACUGGCACUCUGCUUCUCUCCGCUACCUCUUUUUCCAAAACAUUUGAAGCUCGUUGGAGUGGAUGUUGUAUGUUUACUCUGCAGUCUAACCGAUUGGUGUUUUGCUCAUAA